AAACAGUUGAGUCAGUGAGCGAGGCAGCCUCUCCCAGUUCGGAGCCAUGGCAGAGACAGAGUUGGCCCAGAAGCUCCAGCGCCGCCUGGUUCUGGAAGAUAACGAGCCCCCCGAGGACGGAGACGAGGAGCAGCAGCAGAAUGGGGAGGACAAGGCUCCCACUUCCAAUGCCGACUCCGAACUGAGUGCCAAACUGAACAGGAGGCAGGACAUCAAUGCGGGCAACGCCGUGCCAGCCAACAGGGGCAAGGUCUUCAACCCUUACACCGAGUUCAAAGAGUUCUCCCGAAAACAGAUCAAGGACAUGGAGGACAUGUUCAAAAAGUAUGAUUCCGGGAAGGAUGGCUUUAUUGAUAUGAUGGAGCUGAAGUUUCUGAUGGAGAAGCUGGGUGCCCCACAGACUCAUCUUGGACUUAAGAACAUGAUAAAGGAAGUGGAUGAGGAUUUUGACAACAAGCUGAAUUUCCGAGAGUUUCUACUGAUCUUUCACAAAGCAGCCGCUGGGGAGCUGGAGGAGGACAGUGGCUUGCUGGCUCUGGCUAAACUCUCCGAGAUUGAUGUGGACGUCGAGGGAGUGAAGGGGGCCAAGAACUUCUUUGAGGCCAAGGUCCAGGCUCUUUCCUCGAGCAGUAAGUUUGAAGCAGAGAUCCGUGCAGAGCAGGAAGAGAGGAAACGACAGGAAGAAGAGAAGAAAAACCGCAGAGCUGCCUUUAAAGAACUGAAGUCUGCGUUUAAUCAGUAGCUGACCGUUCAGAACGCGAGACAAUGCUUGCAUAGGCUUCUCCCUGCUCUGCACUUUUCAAACAUAAUUCAGCGUGAGAAGCACUUAAGCCCUUUGCAUUGCCUUAUAAGGGGGGUUAACAUUGCAGCUAAUCCUGUUAAAUGCAGAGAAUGAUGUUCCAUCUAAUCUUUUAUACAAGGGACCUACAUUUGGCCUGGCCACACUUUUUUUUACUAUUUAGAGAGAUCUGGGUAUAUUGCAGUUCUGUACACCACAUGAACAUCUAUUAUGUUUUUUUCUUUUCAGUAAGAGCUUGUUCUACUGCACCACAAGAGAUAAUGACUUUAUUUGUACUAACCACUUAACAGGGAAACAAAAUUUCAGUGUAAAAAGGCCUUUACAGCUGCAAGUAUCAUAGGCAAAAAUUUUCCUUGUUACAAGGUUGCUACAAAAGCAGUAGCCCAAAUAGUUAACAGUAUGGGACCUAUUAUCCAGAAACCUGUUAUCUAGGAAGUUUAGAAAUGUGGCAGUGUUCUAUUUAGGAAGAAAUCUUAAUUUUUUCACUGAUUUGCUUUUUCUUAAACGAGUUCAUUUCACUUGAACUUAAUCCUAUCUGUUUUUUUAAUAUUUAAGCCUUAACGCAUGAUACUCCAAAAUACAGAGAGACCCCUUAGUCAAAAAAAAACCUUUCAGGUCCCAAGCAUUGCGGAUAAUCAAAUAGAAACAAAAGAAUACUUUAUACGCAAAUGUGUAUAUAUAUAUAAAUUCAUAGAUUAGACAAGCACAGUCCCGUCAGAAUUCCUUAAUCAUUCCUGCAUAUAAAACUGCAUUCCAGAUAAUUGUAGACUGAGAGAGUAAAUUAUUAUAUAUAUGACAUAAAUCACAUUUCCAGGACCUCUUGGCCUUAUCACGUGCCCUAUCAGGGAUAGGGGUGCCCUGCUUAUUUUAAAAGGCAAGGUUUCCCAUUGAUUAUGCCUUAUAUAUCUAUAGUGGUGCUUCUUGUUCAACUAUACCUGGCAUGCUGGGAAACUGAAUAAAAUAAAGGGACAGUAUCUAUACUAAAAUUCUUCUAGGCAGAAGUUUGAGAAUGACAUACAGGGCUUAUGGUUAGCGAGCAGACUGUAGAAAAUGAAAGACUACUGGCAUCGCUCGGAUUGGCAUGAGCUGUUAACUAUAAUUUACCUUUAGAAACGGACUGAUGUCGGCAUUAGAUGCUUAAACUGUUCUUUUUUUUAAAUUGCUAAUAAUAUUUGUCAGAUUAUAUUAGCUGUACAUAACCUGAAAGAGAGGAUAUUUAAAAGAGGGACAUCUAUUCUUUGCUUAAGGGGCUGAGGAAUCUAUUUCUGAAAGAAACAAGCAUAUAUAAAGAUGUAGUCUUUUCUGUAAUAUUGGUUAGGGAAAGAUUUCAUGAUAAAUUAGACAAAGAAAUGUUCCUUCCAUUAGGUCUAAUGGCCACAAGCUCAAAGCCAGUAAGAUAUUUUUUGGUGUUUAUUCAGGAUCAGCUUCACAUCAGGGGUAGCAGAUAUUCUAAAGAGCCUGUACCAAGGAAUAAAGCAGUUGCAAUUCAUGAAAAGAAAUAAAGCAAUUGCUCCUGCAGCUUCUCCCAACAUGUAGCAGUGUUUUUAGAAACUUUGCCAAAAUUGUACCACCAUGCAAAUACCACCCAUCCAAGGUGACACCCAGAGCCCAUUGUGCCACUCUCUCUGCCAGGUGGCCCAUUGCACUAAUACAAAUCAAUUAGAAUAUGCCCAACAGCUGUAAUGUUGGUACUGGAUAACAAACCUGUACUGGGAGCUGGAUCAACCAUUGGCUGAGGAAGAGUUGAAAAGUCAUGAGGAAACCAAAUGAAUGUGAAUUGUUGCUUUACCCUCGGUGUUGACAGAAGAUCCUGCUCCGGCAAUGAAUUGAUCUUGGUACUUAAGAUGUUAAUAAUUGUUUUAUGAGUUCUAUUUCUUUGUGUGACUGGAGGGGGCCAACCGGCACAAUAAUUGUGCUCUGUGACAUCCAGCAUUGUGCUGAGUACCUAAUGUUCUCCCUACCUUUUAUAUUAAUAUUGCAAAAUAAAUGUUUUACUAAUAA